UGCUGGGGCCUGGGGACGGUGCUGUUCGUGUCGGGCCGGGCCGGGCCUGGAGGGGCCGAGUGUCCGGGGACACACACCCACACACGGAGAGAGAGCGGGAGCGGGAGCGGGAGGAUGGUGGGCUCGCUGUUCCGGUGUGUGUUUGGGCCCAGGCUCAAGAGGAUCCACCGGGGGACGGACAGCCCGGCUGGCUUUUACUACCAACCCAGGGCCCUGGAGAAACACUCGGACAGCAUCCUUGGAUGGGCCUACAUCCUGUGGAGUGUAUCCUACUACACGUCCCCAUUAUUACUGCUUUACUGCUACAAGAAAGGUUACAUUGUCAUGUCGAAGAUUCUCCCAGCGACGUCAUACGCAAGUGUCCUCCUGCUGGUCCUGACCGGGGUGGUCUGCCUCCGAGGUGUGGGUCGCUGGGCCAAUCCUGAGUAUGUGCAGUUUAUCAGCAUCUUGGAGGAAACCAAACGAAACAACACAGCAGAGAACAAGAAGAAACUGGCACAUUACAGCUUUGACUUCAGCCAUUGGCCUGAAGACUUCCGAUGGGACGAGGUCAGCAGCCAGAAGGACCAUCGAUCAGAGAAGCAGAGAAAGGUGGGAGUUCCUCUGUUGAAGCCUGAGGUGAAAUCCAGAGGGACGACUGGGUCCAACCUGUUCACUCAGAUCCUCAGCCUGCCCUGCCAGGUUAUCGGCUAUUUAAUGGCGCACUCCUUUGGUCGCCGUAUGUUGUACCCGGGCUCGGUCUCUCUGCUGCAGAAAGCCAUCAUGCCAAUGCUGCUACAGGGACAGGCCCGUCUGAUGGAGGAGUACCGAGGGAAACGUGCCAAGCUGGUUGCCUGUGACGGGAACCAGAUCGAUACGGUGUUUGUGGACCGACGGGCAACGGAGACCGACCGGGGCAAAAAGCUGGUGAUCUGCUGUGAAGGGAACGCUGGCUUCUAUGAGGUUGGCUGUGUCAGCACUCCACUGGAAGCGGGAUACUCCGUCCUGGGAUGGAACCACCCUGGGUUCGCAGGGAGCACGGGUGUACCUUUCCCACAGAGCGAGGCCAAUGCUAUGGAUGUGGUGGUACAGUACGCCAUCCAUCGCCUGAACUUCAGGCUGGAAGACAUCAUUAUCUACGCCUGGUCUAUCGGUGGUUUCACAGCUACCUGGGCGACAAUGACCUACCCCGAGAUCAGUGCUCUGGUCCUGGAUGCCUCCUUUGAUGACCUGGUACCCCUUGCCUUGAAGGUCAUGCCCGAGAACUGCAGAGGCCUGGUUACACGGACAGUUCGGGAGUACUUGAACCUCAACAAUGCAGAGCAGCUAUGCAAGUACCAGGGGCCUGUGCUACUGAUCAGGAGAACAAAGGACGAGAUUAUCACAACCACGGGGCCGGAGGAUAUCAUGUCAAACCGAGGGAACGACCUCAUCCUGCAACUGCUGCAGUUCAGGUACCCAAAGGUGAUGGUGGAUGAAUCUGUACGUGUCGUUAAGGAGUGGCUGUGUGCUUCCAACUCGCUGCAGCAGACCUCUCUCUACAGUCGCUAUGAAGUGGAUGAUGACUGGUGCACCUCGGUCCUGCAGUCCUACAAGACAGAGCACGGAGGACAGUUACCCUGGACUGUUGGGGAAGACAUGACAACAGAAGGGCGGAGACAGCUGGCCAUAUUCCUGGCCCACAAGCACAUGAAGAACUUUGAUGCUACGCACUGUACCCCUCUGCCAUCAUAUGAGUUCACCCUGCCCUGGACCUUGUAGAUGGGCAGAGGGGGAGGUGGGCAACAGGCCAGUGUCCAGGCAGUGGAACAGGAGCAGCAGUGUACAGUCCGAGAGCCAGCCCCACCACCCCCCUCGAGGAGGAGAUCAGUGGGUCUACACCGUCCCGUGUGUUGUCCGGUUCCGGGAGAACCGUCUGUUUGCCAGUGGAUCUGAAAGUGUCAUGAUUUUUAUUUCAAGAUGUGAGAAAUAUGGUCUGAGUGCUCUCUCCCACUUCUAAUCUUCUUUAUCUUAACCUCCAUCCCUCCCUCCCUCCCCCCAUCCCUCCUCCUUUUGUCCCCCAUCCCUCCUUCUGUCACCCCAUCCCCCUCUCUUUCUCCCCCCCAUCCCUCCCUCUCCCUCCCCCUCUCUUCCCCCCCAAACCCUCCCUCUACCCCCAAAUCCUCCCUCUCUUUCUCUCCACCCAAUCCCUCCCUUCCUCCCCCUCUCCUCUCCCCCAUCCCUCACCCCCCAUCACUCCCCCUCUCUCCCCAUCCCUCCAUCCCUCUCUCCCCAUCCCUCCCUCCCUCCCUCUCUUCCCCAUCCCUCCCUCCCUCCCCAUCCCUCCCCUGCUCUCUUCCCCACCCCUCCCUCCCUCUCUUCCUCCAUCCCUCCCUCCCUCUCUUCCUCCCUCCCUCUCUUUCUCCACCCCUCCCUCCCUCUCUUCCUCCAUCCAUCCCUCCCUCUCUUCCUCCAUCCCUCUCUUCCUCCAUCCCUCUCUUCCUCCAUCCCUCCCUCCCUCUCUUCCCCCAUUCCUCCCUCCCCCAUCCCUCUCUCUCUUACCUCAUCCCUCCCUCCCUCUCUCUCCUCCAUCCCUCCCUCUCUCUCCUCCAUCCCUCCCUCUCUCUCUCCCCAUCCCUCCCUCUCUCUCUCCCCAUCCCUCCCUCUCUCGC